GCCGAGCUUGCGCAGUCCCUCGCCCAAUAUGGAUUCCCCGAGCGAUGCACGCCCUCGGCCGAGGGUGCAACGAUUUUAACGGAAUUUCGCGUCCAGGGCUGCUCGCGGACACAAGCACUCGGUCCCGAGAGCACGUCGAGCGACGAGAUCGCGUUCCACCUGGUCGGACCGGCUGGUGCCGAGCGGACACCGUCAUUGGAAGACGAAAAGGCAAGAACGCGUGAUGUCCCAGGACUACCAGCACGCUUGCGAGAGGGCGGAAUUACUCGGCUUGCCGAAGCCGAGCGUGGAGGAGUGGCAGCAGGCGCAGGCGGCGGACGAUGAAAGCCAUCGCAACGACGACGACGAAAACAACGGUGCAUUGCAGGUAUAAUCAUGACUUGGAUUACGCGGACGAGGCGACCGGGCGCAUCGGCGGCGGGCUGGACGAGCUGAACAGCAUCUUGAGCACCACGCAGAAGAAGCUCAACAGAUUCAAGACAGUCUGUGGCAGUCUCGGCACGUUGCUCAAAGUGAAGGUUGGCUCCCGUAGCGGCACGCCACAUCAUAAGCCGGAGGACCUGGAGCCCGACGCAAAGCAGGAGCAGCUCCAGGAGCCGAGGUCCGCAGAGCCUGCGGCGACGGACGAGGUGAUGGCGGUGGAAACGCUCAUAGAGGGUAACACGUGUGCUGCCGAGAGCGACGUCCAGCCGAACAGCAAUCCCAAGCCUAUCGACCUUAAUCAGAAGAUGGGCUCCCACCUGGACAAGCUGGACUCGCUGAUCUCGAAGGCUGAAAACGCUCAAUAUAGCAUGCAGCAUCAGACGAAGCAGAUGCGCAAGUUCUUGAAUAAGUAAAGGUCGCGCCGAAUCGCGCGCUCGACACUCUUAAAGAAUUACAUCGCUGAUUGAAUGAACCACGACGAGCUCGAACGAACGCGGGAUCGAUCGUCAGCAUAGGUCCAUUUUUAUCUCCCGUAUCGAGCGUAGAGACCUCUUACAAAGAGGAGACGAGACGGUCUUUUCUGGUACUUGCGUUCCGCGCGUAAAUCGGUCAGCUUAUUCGACCGUUGAUGACGAGUCGGCGAAUCGGUGAUGACGACCGUCCGCGACAGUCGCUUGCCCGUCGGCAGAAAUGCGCGACGAUACGAAUAUCCGCUCGAUGUUCGAUAACAACAAUUCAGCUUUGUUUACUCAACUGUCAUUAUCAUGAUUAGAAGAUCUAUGACGAGUAAUUCUAGUGCUCGACGACUCUUUAUUUCGUAUCGCGAUUUAUUGUCAUCGCUAUGUGCGAUUUCUUUUAAAUGCGACGGACUCGUCAUUAACACUCUGAAUGAGAAGAGGGUAGGUAAAUGCGCGGAUAGAACGUAUAUAUGCAUGUGUGUGUGUGUGUCAGUAAGACGAGACCGUAUUCUCUUUGUAAAAACGCUCUGCGAUUGAAAUGAAAGACAGCAAAUAUACAGAAUAGACCAUUCUAUCCAAUACACGCGAAUAUCUUGAAAAAGAGAAGUUUUUCAAAAAAAUAUUUCAGACGAAAGUUUUAUGGUUUCGAGGGGGAAAGAUGAGGAUAUCAUCAAUUUAAUUGUAGAUGACGCCACUUUGGAAAUUUCAUCAUGGUGGCCAUUUUUUGUAAAUGGAAAUUUUUGAUUCGAUUUUUUCUUGAAAUAAAAGUGACAGUUGACAACGAGACGAGUACAAUGGUUUGUUGUUUUUUGAAAUUGGAUCAUUUUUCAGUGAGUUACAGCGUUCUAAAGUUUAUUAAUUUAAUUUAAAUUAAAAAGCUACCACCCGCAUAUAGUGUGCGUAUGUGUUUUGUGACUCCAAACUGCCUCUCUCUCUACCUCUAUCCUUUACCUUUCUCCCUCUCUUUCUGUGUGUG